CCGCACUCUUUAGGCUGAAUUGUGUAUUAUACUAUACUUAUACUUUUUUGCGGUUUUAUUGAGUUUAAACUAAAAUCAUAUUAAUUUCAUACAGUAUAAGUUUCUCUCAUGGAAAAUACGCCGGUGUUUUUUAACGGAGAAACAACGGAUAUUAGCAAAAUUAUUAUCAGCAAUGAAGAGGCUUUACUGAAGAAACAAAAUCUAGAUGAAAAUAGUCAGUCCCCCAGCUACUGCACAAAUGACUGCACUCAGCAAGAACAGACAGGCCCACUUUUGGCUGGUCCAGGAGCCCUGCGGUCUUCUAGUUCAAUGGUGGGCAUUGGAUUUCCCAAGCUGACCUCAGACCAACAAGAGAUGCUGACAAAGGCUAAGAAGUAUGCCAUGGAACAGAGUAUUAAGAAUGUACUCAUCAAACAGACAAUAGCCCAUCAGCAACAGCAACAGAAAACGCUUCAGCGUCACCAGGCUUUAGUACUAAUGUGCAGAGUGUAUGUUGGAAGCAUUAGUUUUGAAUUAAAGGAAGAUACCAUUCGUCAAGCUUUCUUGCCCUUUGGUCCCAUAAAGUCCAUUAACAUGUCCUGGGAUCCCAUAACACAGAAGCAUAAAGGCUUUGCUUUUGUUGAGUAUGACCUUCCUGAGGCAGCUCAGCUUGCUUUAGAGCAAAUGAAUGGUGUCAUGAUUGGAGGCCGAAACAUUAAGAUUGGUCGUCCAAGUAACAUGCCUCAAGCUGCUCCACUUAUAGAUCAGAUUAUGGAGGAAGCUAAGAGCUAUAAUCGAAUUUACAUAGCCUCGGUACAUCCAGAUCUAACAGAACAAGAAAUACAGAGUGUUUUUGAAGCCUUUGGAAAAAUCAAGUCUUGCACUCUUACACCUGGAGUCAUACCAGGAAAGCACAAAGGGUAUGGUUUUAUUGAGUAUGAAAAUUCUCAAGCAACACAAGAUGCUAUCAAUUCCAUGAACCUAUUUGACCUUGGGGGACAAUACUUACGAGUUGGAAGGGCAAUUACUCCUCCUAAUGCUCUACAAGCUCCAAGUGUUAGUGGAGUUAUGCCAACAGCAGCAGCAGUAGCAGCAGCAGCUGCAACAGCUAAGAUACAAGCUAUGGAUGCUGUUGCAUCCAACACCAUGUCACUGGAAAGUCCACCAUCAAUACCACUGGUGUGUAAAACAGUUACAAGUCCUAUCAUCCCCCCACCAGGACUAGCUGUACCAAGUGUUGUUUCUCCUGUUCUAACAACAUCAGCAAUUUUACCUCAACCAGUUAUGGCUGCAAGUGCUCCUGGAAUUAUCACAGGAACUUACUAUCAUUUGUAUUUUAGUCAUAAUUCAUCCUCAGUAGUAAUCCUUCGAAACAUGGUGGAUGUGGAGGAUCUAGAUGAGGAGUUGGAAUCAGAAGUAACAGACGAGUGUGGUCGAUUUGGUGAGGUAAACAAAGUGAUUAUAUAUCAGGAACGUCAGUCAGAAGAAGAAGAUGCUGAAAUCACCAUCAAAAUAUUUGUAGAGUUUAGUCAACCUUUAGAAGCAAACAAGGCAAGAGAUGCAUUGAAUGGAAGGUAUUUUGGAGGUAAAAUAGUUACUGCUGAACUUUAUGACCAAACUCUGUAUGAAGCCAAUGAUUUAUCUGGCUAAGUGCAUUAACUUCACAUCCUUUUACUGUACAUUUUUCACUGUAUGAAAGUUCUUUACAUAAAGAGUGUAAUUUUAGGUGAAAA